UUCGAUCGUGGCAUAUCGACACAAGGCUUCUAUCGUGGCAUACCGAAACCCUAGCGACACGAUUUCGAUUUCCCCGCACCACAGCACCACGUACCUGAAGUAAAAACCGAAGCCAUCGACGAUGGGAUCGCCGGAGGAGACGUCGACGCCGGCGAAAUCCCCCAAUUCGACGCCCUUUUCCACCACCGCAACUCCUCCGCCGGCGUACAACGCCGACUGGGCUGCUUCGGUGCAAGCGUUUUAUAGCGGAGGCGCAGCCGCUCCUACGGCCUUUUUCCCGCCCGUUUGGGGAGGCCAGCAUCUUAUGUCUCCUUACGCUACGCCUAUUGCCUACUCGCCGAUGUACGCUCCUGGUGCUGUCUAUGCUCAUCCUUCCAUGACUCCGGGCAUGGGCUACCCAAAUGUAGAGAUGGGGAACAUUAAGUCCAAGGGAGCUUUGUUGAAGUUCGGGGAAGGAGGAAAGACGGCAUCUGGGUCAGGGGAGGAGGAAAAUUCGCAGAGGAGCAGCGGAGGCAGUGCAUCGGAGGGCUCUUCUGAUUCUGGGAAUGAGAGCGCUGGGCAGCAGGAAAAUUCUAAAAAGAGAUCUAUUGGAGAUGCUUUUCAUGAGGGAGAAGCUUCAAAUCCUGCUAUUGCUACCCCGAGGAAGCGAGCUCCAAAACUUCCAGUUUCUGCUCCUGGGAGAACAACCUUGCCUGGCCCUACAACUAACUUGAAUAUUGGGAUGGAUAUAUGGAAUCCACCUCAUGCUGGUGCCGCCCCUUUGAAGCAGGAUGAUCGUGAAUUGAAGAGGGAGAGAAGGAAGCAAUCCAAUAGGGAGUCUGCUAGAAGGUCGAGAUUGCGUAAGCAGCAAGAAUGUGAUGAGCUUGCUAGGAAGGUGGCUGAGCUGAAAGGUGAGAACACUUCAUUAAGAAUGGAGCUAGAGCAGCUUCACAAAGUUUGCAGGGAUUUGGAAGCAGAAAAUCAGCACAUAGUGGAAGAGCUCAGCAGCAUCCGAGGAGAUUCAUCAGGCAGUUUGAAACAAGGUGUUGGUGAUGUUAUUGACCAUAUUCCUCUGAGCUCUACUGCCAUAUCCACCAACACGAACGGAAAACUUCAUCAUCUCGGUGGCAAUCCUGAUCCUACUUCCAGGUGAAUUUGACCAUUUCGUCUCGACUUAUCGACAGCUAACCGGCAGUGGAACCUCUGCACCAUUUUUUCCUUGCAGUUCCUAAAUCAAAAUUGCAAAUUAACCACUAUACUUUUGUAAUAUUUACUUUAAUGCAGCCUAAUAAACCAUUUAGAUGUAAUUUGUGGGAUUAGUUAUCUUGUGUUGAGAGGGGAGAGCUUUGAUGUUUAGUUGUUUAUGUUAAAGAGUUUAUGGAGUUUUAGUUAGGUUGGUAACCAAGCAAGCUAUUAAAAGUGUUCCAUAGUUGUCUUUUAACAGUUGGGGAAGUCCAACUUCAGCUGCAAAUUGUAGUUGUUUUUAUGUAAGAAAUUAUUUGGUUUGAUGGAUUUUCAUUGUUAAUGGUUAAA